GUGUAAACAAAACAAAUCCUUCAACUAUUUUCAUUUCCUAACCUCGUCGCGAACAUCUAAGUCUUUCGAUUUUAUUGUCAAGAAAUUAAAAAUGAAAGACAAAUUUUUGGUUUAUUAAAUGAUAGGUUGUUUUCACAAUUAGUAAUGGCUGACAAAAUAUUCUUAGAUAUUAUCUCAGGUCAUAUAAGUCUCGAUAAUAUUCAAGACUGGUUGGCAGGGAAAGACAUUCAGGCCAUUGAUGAUUCAUUGAGCAGAACUGACUUUGUAUCAGUGGUCUUGAAAUGUAUUCAAGAGGAAACAAACAAAUUUCUUCCCACACCUUCAACAUCUUCUACACAACAAUCUCUAAAAGAUGGACUACUACUAGAACAACAGGUACCUGCUAAAAGGAGUUAUGAUAAUGAGUCAAAAAAAUCAGAGGAUGAGUUAUCUAAUCAGAGAACACCAUUUCAAGCUGUAAACAAAGCAACAUCAACCAAGACAGUGACACAUCAGUUUUCUAGGCAUACAAACAGUGGACUUGAAUUAAGAAAAGACACUCAUGGAUCAACUGCUUUUGAUGGUAGAAAUAUUUUGACAUCAACUCCAGUACGUCCUCGCAGGAACAGCAGUAGAAAUGACCAGUUCACCCUUUCACCUCCUGGCUCAUUUCAUUCAGACCAAAGCUCUCACUCCCAGACCCCUAGGUCGUCUAAGAGCUCCAGGUUCAACAGUUCCUCAGGACUCCACCAUUUUUCACCCAACUCUUCACAGUCUCCUCCAUUCAGUCCGUCCUCUCCUCAGUACACUGACAGUUUUCCUGACUUGGGUGCCAAGAGUCGGCAGAGAACACCUCAGUCACCUUGCCUCGGAGAUUUCAUCAAAACUAAACCAGCUUCACAGAAAACUCGGAAAAGGAUCAAACCAACUCAGCUUACUACUCCAGAGAAAGAUGCAUCUACUGAGUGCUCAAAAGGAAAUACUAAUUUUGGAAUAGCAAGCCGACCAUUUGUACCCAUAACGGCCACUCAGACAGAGGUAAAAGAACAAUUAAAUUUUGACGAAGAAAGAAAUUUGUUAAAACAAAAGCGUAUUCAAAUCUUAAAAUCAUCUCAAGAUAACCCCCAAACAAUUAAUCCAGACACAGCAAAUUCACAAUUUGAAGAAAAGCAAAAUACAUCAAGACAAAACAAUUCCAUUUGUAUAAGUAUUUCCAAAGAGACAUCAGAGCCUAACAGUAACAUAUCCUCCAGUCCUCAAAGUGUAAAGUUUGUGACAGUAGACCCUGAUCCAAAUUUGGUUAAGAAUAUUGACAAAAUUUUGAGACUAGCUUCUAUUUACAGUGCCUGCCUUGAUGCAAACUUAGUGCCAAAUAUUACUUCAGAAUUGUAUAAUGUGUUCAAUCUUCUGACAGCUGUAUAUAAAUCAAAAGUUUCUGAAAGUGCUAAUUCAUCUAAACAAAGUCUUUCAUCCAACCAAACUAAUGAAUUGAGUUCAGGCAGUGGAAGUUGCAAGAACUUAUUGCAGAAGUUGUGUUUGAAGGAGGAAUCACAACAAACUCCCUCUGUUAGUAUUGGCGAUGAAGAAAUGAUAUUGCCAGGAUAUAAUAAUACGAAAGUGUUUACAUCAGUACAUGAUUGCGUAAUGUUUUCUGUUUGUGUACUAAAAAGACAAAUCAACACUUUACUAUGUAUUGAUAAAAGUACCUUAAGAUUACUCAUAGAGAACACAAGACUAUCAGCAUUUCUUCCCGAUUUAGUUCCUCAUUUGGUUCAAAUAAUGGAAACAAAGGAGGCACAAGAAGCUUGUUAUAAUUCAUCUAAACCUUCUUCUUUUUUAACUGAAAAUGGACCUGUGCUUUAUCACAUUGAAACUGACAACCAAGACAAUUUCUCCACAAAGGAGAAUUUCAAUUUCUUUAAGAAACAGCGAGAUGGGUUUUAUGAGACUCUUCAUGAAUGGAGAACAAAGAACUCUGAUAAUGUUUGGACUUCAAGAAGGUUUCCUCAGAGAGUUCAGCAAUUGUUAUCUCUUUCAAGUGAUCCUGUUAACAUGAUGCACUUGGCAAGACUCUUUUGUGCUCAGAUGACUAACUCCAAGAGUGAACCACAGGAGGAGCCAGAGUUGGCUGGAGUGUCCAAGGACAAGUUGUGUCGUCUGCAGGCGAGGUUUAGUAAACCAGCUGAGGGAGGAGUCUCGCCACGACCACCACCUACCUUCCCAGCUGAGCAGCAGUUCUACCAACAGUUCCUGCAGCUGGCAGUCGGCUCUACAUUCCUGCAUCAUGUCACUGACUGCCUUGUCUAUCGGCUCUGCCACCUGGAUCAUGCUGACCUACUUACAGAAGGUCUCGCUGAGGAAGAAAGCAAGUCACAUGUACAAGCUUGGGUCAGAAGCAGCUGUUUGAUAGCCAAGAUCCUGGGUUUUGUCACCUUCUUGCCUUACAAGUCAAACACCCCUCUAGCACCCGACGUCCUGCAGGCUCAGAUAAUGGUCAGAGAACAGGUUGUUCCUCCAGUCAAUCUGUUACCCCUACUACACAAAGCUCUGACCACCAACCGCCUGGUGGUUACAGUGCCUUGGGUCGUGGCCUACCUAGGUAUGAUGGACCCUGUCGUACCCUACCUAGCCAGCUACCGACCUCUGCUACAGUUGCUGGUCUCAGUAUACAAGGUUCUACCACUACCCUACUUGUCUUCCAUGUCCAACUUCUUUCUGCGGUGCUUGCUUGGUUGGCUUUUUGACACGUCAUCGUUUCCCCAACAUGUCUUCUCAUCUUUGAUGUCAAAUACUCAAAAUGUUGACUUUGAAGGUGGUGAGUCUCUAGAUGUAGUAGACCAAGCUUUGCUGUAUGAGGUGUGUCCAUACCUGAACUGUCUGCGUCAGUUACAAGUCUCUAGCUCAGGUCCCAGGCAAGGCUCAGUGAGGCACAUCACACCAGUGUCUACACAACUACCACCUUCUACUGCUUCCUCCCAGGCAUCUCAACAACAAACACUUGAGAUGCAAUUAGAAGAAUGUUUCCUCAAUGGGCAGUCCACAUCUUUCCGCUCAACUGUUGAGAUGAUAGUAGACCGAGUAUCCUCCUGCUGUAUCAAACACAUCUGUAGCCAUGUUAUAGCACCAGCAAAGGACAAGUUUUCACAGGCAAUCAACCAGCGUAAAGAAGAAUUUAAGUCGACUAGCAAAAAACAAAUGGAGGUGUGGAUAUCAGACCAAUGCCAGCUGACUGCAGUAGAGGUAGAGGCUGCAGUGACUGAUCACUGUGAGGUCAAGGUCGGAUCAGUCCUGGGUCUGCUGUUGGGUCCAGACUUGAUAGGCCCAGACAUUGUAUACCUUGUUUGUUUGUGCCAGAUGGAGGUGUGGAUAUCAGACCAAUGCCAGCUGACUGCAGUAGAGGUAGAGGCUGCAGUGACUGAUCACUGUGAGGUCAAGGUCGGAUCAGUCCUGAGUCUGCUGUUGGGUCCAGACUUGAUAGGCCCAGACAUUGUAUACCUUGUUUGUUUGUGCCAGAUGGAGGUGUGGAUAUCAGACCAAUGCCAGCUGACUGCAGUAGAGGUAGAGGCUGCAGUGACUGAUCACUGUGAGGUCAAGGUCGGAUCAGUCCUGGGUCUGCUGUUGGGUCCGGACUUGACUGACCCGACCUUGUGUAGGACCACUCACGCCAUCUGUGCACGUCGCUGUAGGGAGCGUAUUGUUAAUUGGCUCAACUCUCACAUCAAGCUGACAGAUGUGUUCUCAAAACUAAUUCCUACUCCUGAAGGUAAGCAAACUACUGAUUUAAUAAAGCCAUCAAAAGGAAGAGAAACAGUAGAGCAUAGAGAUUCAGCUGUGGCACCCGCUGAUAUGAUUAUUGAACUGCAGGACAAGCUGUGUGAAUGUAUAGAGAGGAGAAGUUCAGAUAUGAGUGAAGGACAAGUGAUAGCCCUUGUAAAUCGAGUGCAGGACACUGUGAGAUAUAGAAGUGAUUUAAUUGCUGCUGCUGAACAAACAAUAUUCUCACUCACCGUGGAUUUGUGUAUUGUUUUACUGGCGUAUGCACCAUGGACAAUGACCUCUGCUGUUAUAUCACAGCUGUGUGGUCUGUGGAGUGUCUGCAGUACGCAGGGCAGUAGUCAGCUGGAGCGUGUCAUGUCUGCACGUAACACACUGCUGCUGUGUCAGAGAGGUGCGCAGUUUGCCCGGGAGUCAUGGGAGCAGCUGUCUCUCGUGUUGGUAGAACUGCUCAAACACUCUCCCCCACUGCUCACUCCCAGCCAGUUGGAGACUCAGUGUGUGGCACUGUUCCGUCUUGACUGGCCUCCUAUGGUUCUCACUUUAAUGGGAGCAUGUUUGUCAUCAAUGUUGGAAAAAAUCAAACGAGAUCCGAUUCACAAACAUAAACCCAAGUUUGUGCUUAUGCUGGAGUGGGUGAAUGAAAUGACUGAAGACCUGGCAAGACCAGACAUUAUACAAGAUUAGUGAAGAUGAGUUUUCUAUAACAUACAGCUACAACAUGAUAAUCAAAAUCUUUAGUCCUUCUUGAAGGCUUUGGAUAUUUCAAUCUUCUAUUGUUGCAAUUACUUCUAGUUUGUAUUUUUUGUGUCAAUUGAUUGAACCUUAUUAAGAUGCAACAUUGAAGUUCAUCAACAAUUUUUAUUUUCAUAUGAGUAUGUGAAUUGUAUUUGGUAUUGCAUUCUUGAUUGAUAAAACUAUGAAACUGCGUGGUAUUUAGUCAAAUAUCCUACUUAUACGUUUUAAUACUGUUGUUUUCUUGAAUACUUAUUCUUAACUACUCUGUAUGUAUUUUUAUUAGUGGUUUAAGUUUUAACUAUUGAUUGUAAUUGUAAAAAUUGUUUAUAUUUAGAAAUAUCUAUAUAAGAAUGUUUGUAAAUAAAUAUUAAUAUUGUAUUUAAUCGCAUCUAUUGACAAUCGUAUUUGAAAUUUAAUACGAAAUAUAUUGACUACACAAAGUCUAGUAAUAGGCUUGUGUAAUAUGCUAUUAUUAGUAAUAAUGUAUUUUUGGACUUUUUUAAAUACUCAAGCCAA